UCUGUUUAUCUUACUGCCACCUAUAAAGAUCGUGAAUGCUGAAUAAAAGAGCUCGUUCACAGAAUUUAUAGAAUAAAAUAUUUCUUGAAUAAUCUUCUGAAAAAUUUUCUAAUAUAUUAACCAAGAAAAUAAGUGAAAUUAAAAUAAGUGAAAGUGUGCUAUAAUUAUAAUAUUGUAUAUUGGAGUUACACUGUGUUAUAAUUCAUCAUAACCAUAUUGCACAUAAUGUAUAAAUCUCAAUUUAUUGGCCUGGAUGAUGCACCAUGCGACACAAAAUGCCUGUUGUGCGAUUGUACAUUUGUUCUUCCAACAAAUGAAACAGAUUUUCUUACACAUUUAUUUAAGAUACAUCGUCUCGUUAUAGGAGAUGUUUGGAAAAUAGCUAGUUUAAAAAAUUAUGUACACUAUUGGAAUGUAAAAUUUAAAGAAGCACCACUGACAACUUAUUGUACUACAUUGUUAAUGGAUUGCACACCAGAUGGUCAAUCAAGUAAAAAUGAACGUUAUUUCUUGCUUUCUGAUUGUUUAUCAGAAGACAAAACUUUAAGAGAUGAAAUACAUCAGGCUAAACUUGAAUGGGCAUUGGCACAACAAGAGAUUGAGCGCACAGAUAUAAAUUUUAAACGUGGUUGUAUGUUUUGUCGCAUGGAAUUUUGUGGAUCACGUGCUGCGUAUAUUAAACAUCUUUAUGAAAAACAUAAUCUACAUCUUGGCAAGCCAGAAAAUUUAAUAUUUCUUGAUGAACUUUUGGACAAAAUUCAAAACACUAUUGAAAGCUUAAUAUGUAUUUACUGUGAGAAAACAUUUAAGGAUCGUUCAGUGUUAAAGGAGCAUAUGCGAAAGAAAUUUCACAAAUGUGUAAAUCCUAAUAACAAAAUGUAUGAUAAAUUUUAUAUAAUUAAUUAUCUAGAGCCAGGAAGGACUUGGAAACAAAGACAGGAUAAUUUAGAGAAAACUCCAGAUCCAGAAGGUGGCAGUAGUGGAAAUGAAGAUGAAGAAACUUCCUGGUCUGAUUGGAAUGAAGAAUCUAUUACAAUAAUAUGUUUAUUUUGUAAUUAUAGCAACAAUGAAUUUACCUAUAUCUUGACCCACAUGAAAGAAGCACAUAGCUUCGACUUUGAGGAAACAGUCAAAGAUUUGACCUUUUAUCAGAAGGUAAAAGUCGUCAAUUAUAUAAAAAGGCAAAUUCAAUUACAACGAUGUAUUUCCUGUGAAAUAGAAACAGAUAAUGUUUUAGAGCAUAUGAAAAAUCAGCAGCAUUAUAAAAUUGCUGCACAAAAAGUUUGGGACCAACCAGAAUAUUAUUUUCCUAUGUCAGAAAAUGAUUCAUUUUUAUAUAAUCUUGAUGCAACUAGUAAUAGCGAUGAAGAAAAUGAUGUUCAAAAUCUUACUGAAGCAGUAUCUAAUUUAUGAACAUUGAUUUUUACUAGAUAGAAACCGGAUUCUCGUACAAAAUUCUACUAGCUUUCAAUUAUUUUAUUAUGUCAAGCAUUAUUAUCAUGUUUAUUAUUAAA